AUGAUGAACGCUGCUAUCGCGUUUGCGCUUGGUGCCAGCUCGGUGGCUGUAACUAUCGCCCAGCCACAUUUGAUGAUUGGGUCCACAUACACGGGCGUAAAGGGGCUAAACGACUUGGCUAAGUCUCUCGCAAACAGAUACAUGGGCACGACCACGGACACUAUCCAACUGAGCGACAAGUACUACGCUGAAGAGCUUAAAAAUAGUCGGGAUUUCGGAAUGAUUACUCCACUAAAUUCUAUGCAGUGGGAUGCAACGGAGGCAGUACAGGGCGUCUUUACGUUCGAGGAUGCCGAUGCAAUUGUCGCUUUUGCCAGUAAAUCGGGGGCCCAAGUCCGCUGCCAGACUUUGGUCUCGCACAAGCAAGUACCGAAAUGGGUACAAAGUCUGGAGAAAGCAGAGCUCCUUAAAGCAAUGUCUAAUCAUAUCACCAAGGUCAUGACGCACUUUGGAGACGUGUGCUCCGCUUGGGAUGUCGUCAGCGACGUAAUCGAAGAUGAUGGAUCGUACUGCCAGUCCUUCUGGUUUAAGAAGACGGGCAAGGACUACAUCUCUACCGCGUUCGAGACCGCCCAUGCCGUGAAAGUAAAGCUUAAUCUCAAGACUCGACUAUACUACAGUGACUACAAAAUAAGUGUUGUCAACAAAAAGUCAGAUGCAGUACUGGAGAUGGUAAAAUCUUUUAUAAGAUUUGGGGUGGAAGGCGUCGGGUUCAAGUUGCACUACAAAGACAGCGAUUCGGUGGCGGGCGCCGACAUUUUUAACAAUUUUCGUCGUUUUGCUAGAGUGAAUAUGGACAUCGCGAUCACAGAGCUUGAUGUAGUGACAAGCAAGGCCAACCCCACUGUGAUUGAACAGCAGAAUCAGGUUGUAAUCUACACCAACGUGAUUGCAGCUUGCAAAAAGACUAAGCGAUGCGCCGGCGUGACCAUGUCGGACUUCGUGGAUACGUACUCUACGACCAAGUUGUCCGCCCCGCUGCUAUUUUACCAGCCUGAUGGAGCUAACACACGGCUCGUGCGCAAGGCAGCGUAUGACGCCAUCACAUCUGGCUGGAUUAUGGCGUAA